UCCGAGCUCGACUUGGUCGUAUCUGCGCGUCGCGUCAGCCGAGCUGGGAUUUACGAUACGAUAUACUCAGAUGAGUUAAAAUAAUUGCUCUACAUUUGACAACCAAAGAAUAACCGACUAUUCCCAGUUACCCGAAAAUCGGAUGGGUUUUUUUCAACUUUUUUAAGCAUUACACGUUUUUCUUCAAAGCUUAAGCUUCGCGCAUAAAAUGCCGUGCUGAACCGGUCGCAUUACAAUGUUGGCACGAGGCGGCUGAGACAAUCACCCGUCAAUGGCAGCGUGCGUUAACCCAUCACCAAUCUGCUAGGGACUUGUUUCCAACCGUCCGGAAAACACAUCUUGCCGUAGCGCAGCUGAUAGUACCAGUCAGCUCUCAACUCAACUGAAAUCCUAAACUUACAAAAGACUGAACCCCUUCUUAAACCCAUCAUGGCACGGAGUAUUACGUAUAUAAGGCUUGCAGUUUUGGUGCUUACAUCGGCCACCUACAGCCUCGCUGCACCGAAAGCAGGUGGAUUAGAGCUUAUCAUACUGCACAACAACGAUAUGCACGCGCGGUUCGAACAAACUGGAGCCUAUAGCAACGACUGUCAACCGUCUGAUGUGGCUAGCAACCGUUGCUAUGGAGGAUUUGCGCGCGUUGCACACAAAGUUCGCGAGUAUCGAACGAAGGAAGCUUCCGGAGGUGUUCCGAUGUUAUACCUGAAUGCCGGGGACACCUAUACCGGUACGCCUUGGUUUUCGGUGUACAAGGAUAACAUAACGGCCGAAUUUCUAAACAUGCUGAAACCCGACGCAAUCUCCCUCGGCAAUCACGAGUUCGAUCUGGGUGUGGAGGGAUUAGUUCCUUUCUUGAACGAGGUCGACUUUCCAGUGCUGGUCACCAACCUAGAUCUGUCCAAAACGCCGGCAAUGCAAUCGACCAGAUCUUUACAGCGAUCAGCCAUUUUUACGAAAGCUGGCAUACGGAUAGGAGUGAUCGGAUAUCUAACCCCAGAAACGAAGCAACUGUCACCGAUCAAUACGGUCGAGUUUCUGGAUGAAAUCGAAUCGAUCAACAUUGAAGCCACUUCAUUAAAAGAGCAAGGAGUACAGAUUCUGAUUGCACUCGGUCACAGCGGGUUGGAACGCGAUAAAGAAAUUGCGGCCAAGUGUCCCGAUAUAGAUCUGGUCAUUGGAGGCCACUCGCAUACGUUCCUUUACACCGGUUCCGCCCCGGAUGUCGAACAACCGGCCGGUCCAUAUCCGGUGAUGGUGAAAAACCCUGCCGGAAAGGAUGUUCCUGUGGUGCAGGCAUACGCUUUCACCAAAUAUCUCGGCUAUCUGCACCUGGAGUUCGAUGCGGAAGGCAAUCUGAUCGAGCUGGACGGUACUCCACUGCUGCUCAAUGGUACGGUACAGCGAGACUCCGAUGUGCUGCAGCUGCUAGAGCUUUACCGACCCGGUAUUUUGGCGCUAGAUGAAAAGAUCGGACAGUCGUACGUGUUUCUCGAUUCAAGUCGGUGUCGUUUCGAGGAAUGCAACAUCGGUAACAUGAUCGCCGAUUCGCUCGUCGUUACACAUGCGGUGACACGCGAACAGAGCAAUGAUGGGUAUUGGACUGACGCCGCGAUCGCGUUUAUACAGGGCGGUGGUAUACGUGCUUCUAUAAACGCUGGUCCGAUAACGAUGAAGGAUCUGAAGACGGUCCUUCCGUUUGGCAAUGCGAUGGUAAUGGCAGAAAUUAACGGCACGCAGUUACACCAAAUGCUCGAACAGAGCGUCCGUCGGUACGAUGGAGUAUCCGGUUACGGAGAAUUCCUGCAGAUGGCAGGCGUAAAUGUAGAAUAUGACCUGACGCGACCUCCAAUGCAGCGCGUUGUGCAAGUUAAGGUACGGUGUGCUAGAUGUCAGGUACCUAUGUACGAAGUCCUGAAGGAGGAUGAACACUAUCGCAUCUUAUUGAGUCAAUUCCUGUACGACGGAGGCGAUGGGUACGAUAUGCUUCCUGGUUCACCGCAAGAAUUGCUCACAUUUGGCGAGUAUGAAAUUACGGAAGAGUAUCUAAAACGAUACUCGCCCAUCUAUCCUGCGAUCGAGUGGCGCAUACAUUUGACAGGGCGACCGACCGACACCACUACCGACGGUCCAGAUGGGAGCACUACCACCAUGAACCCCACUAGCACGACUGAGGACAGUGGAGCGGGACGGACGUACGGCGUAACGAUUUCCACCUUCGGAAUAAUUCUGUGGUCAGCAAUGUUGACAUACACGGGACACCUACUGUAAAUAAAUGUGGUAGGCUGCUUGAGUACACUGUUGUUUAUAUUUACAGAGCUAGGAUUUUCCCACUGGGAAAUACAGCAGAUGAAUCACGAUUAAUGGUGAACAAACAUUCAAUCAUACAAAUCAGAUGUUGCUUAGCAAUUAGACGAUGAAGGAGGAAAAAUACACUGAUAACCAACAGAAAAAGAUAAUGUUGAGAGCAUUUUUUGCAAUAAAAAAUUUAAAGAAGGUUCACCAAAAUGUGAGACAACCGUUA